AGUUCACACAAGCAGGAGGAAAUUUGUUUGAAGAUAUCCUGAAACCUGAACCCGUGCUGGUUUAUUGCUGGCUGGCACUUCAAAGCUUUCAUCCUGAGUCGCAAGUAGCAGCUACUGGGAGUAGCUUUUGUGCACUAUGAAGAAUUUUUCAUUUCCUAUGCAGGAUAGCACACAUCAGACUGAAAGUCCUCCUCACAGAUUUCUGAGUUUGACAAAUAAGUCAGAUCCCGUUGGAAGACCGGAAAGAGAUGAGCAAUUAGCUCAAGUAGAGAUUGCUGUACUGGGGGUGAUAUUUCUGACAGCGUCUGUGGGCAAUUUUAUUCUCAUUCUGGUGCUGUGGAGAAGAAGAAAGAAGCUCUCUAGGAUGUAUGUAUUCAUGCUGCACCUCAGCAUAGCUGACUUAGUGGUAGCUUUUUUUCAAGUGCUGCCUCAACUCAUAUGGGAUAUUACAGAUGUUUUCAUAGGGCCAGAUUUCUUGUGCAGAAUUAUCAAGUAUCUGCAAUUGCUAGGCAUGUUUGCCUCUACUUAUAUGAUAGUGGUCAUGACAGUGGACAGAUAUCAAGCAGUUUGCUACCCUAUGGUCACUUUCCAAAAGAGGAGAGCUCUGUGGAAUAUUCCCAUUUGCACCAGCUGGUCUAUAUCCUUAAUUCUUAGCCUACCACAGGUAUUUAUCUUUUCUAAGACUGAAAUAUCUCCAGGUAUCUUUGAAUGUUGGGCUGAAUUUAUUCAACCGUGGGGUCUAAAGGCGUACGUGACUUGGAUUUUUGUAGUCAUAUUCUUCAUUCCCUCGACCAUCCUUAUCACAUGCCAAGUUAAAAUUUGCAAAAUAAUCAAAAGAAAUAUACAUGUGAAAAAACAGAAUGAAUAUGAAGUAACGAAUCAGAAGCAAGUCCUGCCAUCCCGAGCCAGCAGUGUGAACUGUAUUUCAAAGGCUAUGAUCAAGACUGUAAAAAUGACAGUGGUAACAGUUGUUGCAUAUGUUCUCUGUUGGUCACCAUUCUUCAUUGCACAGCUGUGGUCUGUGUGGUUCCCCAGUGGCAUUACUGAAGGAUCAGCAUUCACCAUUAUCAUGCUUCUCGGCAAUUUAAAUAGUUGCACCAACCCGUGGAUUUACAUGUAUUUUUGUGGCCACAUUCCAUAUUGCACAAAUAAGCAGCUGGAGAACACAUCAGCUCAAGAGGAGUCGGUGGUCACAGGAAGCAUUCAUCUUGUAGACAGAGACCCUGAGGAAAACAGUACUUGUGCAUAAAUACUGAAUGUUAUUUGUUAUUCUGCUACAUUUGCUAUGUUCACGAGACUUAUCAAUAUUUUCUAGUACUGAAGCUGGAAAAUUGUCUUUUGUUGCUAUAAAUAUGUUUUUCUGUGGUUCUGUAGCAUAUGCAGAAGUUUCUGUGUUGUACAAGCUUGACCCAAUACUUCUAUCCUCACUGUGUUAUCAAAAUGAAUUGCUGUAUAGAUUGAUAAAGAUACAGAAGGACAACCUGGAUAUUUUGUGUCUUACACUACUACUGUGAUUCUGGAUCUCUAAGCACCUUUUUUUUUUACAACCUGCCCAACAAAUUGAGAGAAAGUUGCAGAAGAAUCUGACAAUUAGAUUUAAAUAUGUGCUUAAACUGAACUUUAAAUUGGUUGUGACUCUAAAGCGAGUGGGGCAUGGUUUGGCAAAUCUUGAGAAGGCAGCAGAAAGUCAGAAAAAUCAAUUGCCAUCUGUAAGUAGUACCUGUUAUAUACAUUUGUAAAACACUGAGCAGCUUUAUGUCCUCCUAUGGAAAAUAACUCAGUGUCCUUGUGAGUGUGAACAGCUAUUUCGGUUUCAAAUGCAGUACAGUGACAUUCCAGGUUUGUGGCUUCCUCUUACAUCGCCAUCAAUACAGGACGUGAUUUUCCCUGCCUUCCAUGUUGGCUGAAACUCUCCACACUUAUACACACAUAUAUAUGCCUUAAAUAGAAAUGACUGCCAUGGGUGUACACUUCUAUUUGGUAUUCUGUGUAUUUUUGUGCAGGUUGUAUUCAGACUCAUUUGUUCUGGUAUGUGAUUUACUGACGGUGGGCUAGGACCUAUUCAGGUUCAAAUUCAAUCAUUUCACCUCUUUGGUAAAAAUAAAUCUGCAUCUCUUUCUUUCAGAGCUCCUUUUGCUUUCUAGUGUGUCAAUUUUUUAUUCAGGAAGCUAUUUCCCUUUCAGUGUCUAAAUUUUGAUUAGAGCAGUAUGGAAGGAAUAUUAGAAAAGCUCUUUCAGGUGAAAAAAGAGCUGCAUUUUCAGAGAUUCUUGGCAAUGCUUGCACAUUUGCCUACGUUAUAUCAGUGUUUUGUCAUUGCUAUUCACAAUUCAUUUUAUAAAUGCUAGCUAUCUCAAAUUUCAGUGGAAAAGAUACGAGUGUUUUUCAAAUAGCCUUUAGGUUGUACUGAAAGUAAUUCUGAGUAAAUACUGAUUGAAUAGUUACACUAUAAGUUUGUGUGUGCUGAUACUGAAUAUUCUAUCAUUUCCAUUCCCCAUGUAGUUGGAGCAUACAAGGGUACUAACCAAAUAUUGCAGUUCCUCUUGAUGGAAGAAGCCAGUGCUCCAGUCCAACUGGCCAGGGUAAGGUUCCAACAAGAAGGAAGAGAAAAAAGUUGGGUGAAGAUAUGCCAGAGCUAGACAGGAGUGGGAUGGCUGUAAAAUGGUUCUUCCAACUGCCAAUGUUUUGUUUUGGCUUUUAUGUUUUUUUCCCCCAUCCCUCUCUUUGAUUAACGGUUACUAAUUCUCCCCCAGAACAUAUUCCAAGUUAGAGCAAUUAUUAACUUAAACAAUAUCCUUAUUUGGAGUAUGAAGAUCCAAGAUGUAAUCUGUACUGCCAAUAAGAUAUUUGUUGUAUUAAACCGCUCAUGUUCCAGAACUUUCUUUCAAACAAGCUCUCAGUUAGGUUCUCCCUUCUGACUUAAUCCAGGGAUUAAAAUUUUUUCUUUUGUCCUUCUGGUUCCUUUGAUUGCAGUGAAUUAUGUGGUAAAAUAUGCAGUGUUAAAGGCCAGUGUAAGAAGAAAGGCUUCAGGGAAUUACCUAUGACCUGGUACUACUGGGUUUGCAGAAAAACACAUUGAAAGACUUAGAAAGUAUAUAUAUUCAUCCAUGGCUAUCACUCAACCCUGACAGACACUCUCAGUGAGGAGUUCGAUCUUGGCUGACAAUUUUCUGUAAAAAAAUUUCAAAUGAUGUAAAAAAAAAAUACUAAUAACUCUUUUUAUUUUUCUAGCUCAGUGUUUUUAACAGGACAUUUCUUAAAGAAACAGGCAUUUAAAAAUAUAACAGAUGUCUUCCCUCUGCAAAUUUGGACUUUGGUUUUCUUGAUUGUUAUAGUCUGAAAAUCUUGUGCCCUCAUUAUCCCCUGUAUUUUGAUUCUUUAGUUGGACUGUAUCUUUCCUAAUUCACUGUCACUUUGAUUUCCAAUAGGAGUUAAAGUGUUUCAUUAAGAGUGAUGAUUCUGAGGCAUCCCUGUUGUCUGGCCAGGGUGUUUAAUCCAUACAGGAGAAUCAGCAACUUGAACCUGCAAGACCCUGGAGGUAUUGUGGAAGCACACACAAAUGAAAAAAAUCCAGUGAUCAGAUGAAAGCCUUCCUUAUCAAUGCUUAGACCCUGAUUUCUCACAGUAAUUAAUUUCUGAGAAGGAAAAUGCAGUUUGCAAGUUCAUGCAUGAACUGAACAGCUAUGUUGUUGAUAUUGGCAGUGCAGCAUAAUUUCUGGAUAUGUGGCUUUGCUUAUUUGUUGUUUUUUCUUGUUAUGUUUCUUUUCUUUUUUCCCUAGGUUUUGUUACCACUUAGAAAAGGCAGAGUUUGGUAGAAAGUAUUAUAUUCUUUCCUAAAAACUACCUUUUUUUUUUUGUGAUAGAGGUAGAUAAGAAUGUAAGAUAAUGUGAUCUGUCAGUUCUGUGUGUAUUUAUUACAGGGAAAAAACAAACACAGAAACAACAAAGUAGGAGAAUGAAAGGAAAAUCCAACAUGUUUUGCAGUCUUCUCAGCAUGUUUUGAAAAUUUUGUUAUUCAACAGAAUCAUUUUUGUUUUUUUCAUAGCUAGUUUCAGCUCCGGUGUUUG